GUUUCAUAGCAACUGUCACCAAAAUCCAAGAUGGACGGCGGUGAAGAUAAACAACAAGAAUCCGAGGCACAGCAGCAGGGGGAAGCAGAGGUUCCCCCGGCAGAGCAGGCUGAGGUAGCGGAACAACAAGAAACUGUGGAGGAAAAGGCCGAGGAGAAGGCUGAACCUGCUCCUGAAAUAGCUCCUCCUGUGCAGGAAGAACAACAAGCAGAAGGACAAAAUGAAGAACAAACAACUGAGGAACAAAAAGAGGAAAAGAAUGUAGAUGAAACAGAUGGUAAACCGGCUGAGACAGAGGCUGGACAAGCAGAGGAACAAGGUAUGAAUGAGGGUGGUGAUGAAAAGAAGGAUGAUAUUGGUGAAGCUGAUCAGUCAACUGAACAAAAUAAUGAGCAAAUAGUAGCAGGAGAUGCAGAGCAAGACAAAAAUAAUGAGCAAACAUUAGGGGAGGCAGAGCAAGGUCAGGUUAAUGAUGAGGGUUCUAAUGUGGCAGGUGAUGAUAGCAUUAAUGCAGGUGAUGUCACACAGGCUGAACAGAAAGAGAAGGAAGAGAUUGCUGAAAAAGCCGAUGAACAAACGGCUGAAACUAUUGCUGAGGGGGAACAGGCUGUCGCUGAAAAAGAUGAACAAGAAACAGAAAAGGCUGACGAAAAAGAAGCUGGUGAAGUAGCGGAGAAGCCAUCAGAAGGAGGUGAACAACAAGCAGAGACACAACAACAAGAGACCGUGGCUGAACAACAGUCUGAACAACAGUCUGAACAACAGCCUGAACAAAAGUCUGAACAACAGCCUGAACAACCGGCUACUCAAGGUGAAGGCCUUGAGGAGGUAGAUGGGAAGGCGGAAGGAGAGACACCAUCGACCCAGGAGGAACAGGGGCCUGCUGAUACCACACAAGAAGCACAAGAGGAGGAGGAAGUUAAGGAAGAGGAGAAAGAGGAUGAGGAGCCAAAAAUUCCCGAUGACUUUUACUACGAGUAUGACAAGUUUGCUUCCCGUCCCGCCAUCAGUGCCGAAUCUGGAUUGCCCGAGGACAUGCUCACACUUCAACAUUCAUUUGGUUAUGACUGCAUGAAGCGAGCCAAUCUGCACAUUCUCGAUGAGAAAACGGUCCUUUUUGCAGCUGGUAAUCUUGUUCUCAUUCUUGACCUGAAUAGCAAGGAGCAGAAAUUCAUACGCAGCACCAGCGGUGGGGGUAUCGGAGCCAUAGCUGUACAUCCUAGCCGCAAGUUCUUUGCAGUAGCAGAGAAAGGCAGUAGCCCAAACAUCAACGUAUUUGAAUGGCCGACCCUUAAGCUGCACAGAAUACUCAGGGGUGGGACAGAAAAGUCCUAUGCUUUUGUGGAUUUCAACCCUGAUGGUACCCUGCUUGCCUCCCAAGGAGGGGACCCAGACUUUAUGCUGACUGUGUGGGACUGGAAACAGGAGAAAACAGUACUGCGAUCCAAGGCCUUCUCACAGGACGUGUUCAGAUGUACUUUCUCCACCGAGCUUGAGGGCCAGCUUACCACAUCCGGAACAGUGCAUAUAAGAUUUUGGAAGAUGGCAGACACUUUCACUGGUCUCAAGCUGCAGGGAGAGCUCGGAAAGUUUGGUCGCACAGAGAUCUCGGAUAUCGAGGGCUAUGUGGAGCUCCCUGAUGGCAAGGUGCUAUCGGGCUCCGAGUGGGGAAACAUGCUUCUUUGGGAGGGAGGCCUUAUAAAGGUUGAGAUUCGUAUGAAGAACAAAAAGUCAUGCCAUACAGGUCCAAUACAGCAGAUACUCCUGGACGAGGGUGAGCUCAUGUCUGUUGGCAUUGAUGGAUACAUUAGGGUGUGGGACUUUGAAGCAAUUGACACAGCCGACGCGACUGAUGAUAGUGCAAUGUUUGAACUAGACCCGAUGAACGAGCUGAAAGUUGGCACAAAUGUACAGCUCAAGUGUAUUAUUAAGUCUAUAGACUCAGAAAAUGAACCAACCAUCUGGUAUGCUCAGGAUGCACAUGGAGGUAUCUGGCGUCUAGACCUGUCAUUUUCUCAUACAUCUAGCGCCCCUGAGAAACUGUUCACCUUCCAUGCAGGCAUGAUCAGUGGCUGUGACGUCUCUCCCGUCUCACAGCUGGCUGCCACCACUGGACACGACAGCACCGUGCGAGUGUUUGACUAUGUGCAGCAGAAGCAGAUUUGUGACACAAGGUUUGCCAGUGGCGGAACCUCCAUUAUCUGGAUGCCUGACAUUGUUGAUCCAAAGGGUGGCACAGUGGUUGUCGGCUUCGAGGAUGGUGUGGUCCGUGUUCUCGGGGUCAGCAAGCUUAUUGAGGACUCAGCCCGUCGAAAGAAACAUCAUGAGUGUAGCCUACAGCUCCUUCAGGCCUUCAAGCCUCACAGCAAGGCCGUCACCUCUCUCGCAAUUGACAAACUUGGCGAAACUAUCGCAUCUGGGUCUGAGGAUGGCACAGUGUUCUUAAUGUCCAUCGGAGACAAAUACAGCCCAAUGGGGUUCUUGAAAGUUGCUGGACCAGUCACACAAGUCCAGUGGUCGCCCGCUAGAUUUGAACGUGAGACGUUGUUAGUGUUCUGUCAAGGCGGAAUAGUUCAAGAGAUCACCUGGCCAGAUGAUGGAAAGUUCGACACCUCACACACAUUUGAGAUCAAAGGCCUACAAAUGCGGAGCUUCAAAUUUGCCAGCGUCAAAUCUAAACUUAGACAUGAGGAGGAGUUGGAGAGGAAAGCUAAGGAAGAGGAGGAGCGCAAGAAAAAAGAAGCAGAGGAAAGGAGAAAACGUAUUGAGCGGGGCCUCGAGACCGAGUCUGAACAAGGGGAUGUUGAAGAGGAGGAGAAGGAGAAAGAGCCAGAAUGGGAGCCCUAUAUUCCAGAUGAGCCCAGCCCCAUCUUGACGGGCUUCUAUGGGGACAAGCCUGGAACCAUCUGGUUAUCCAUGGGUAACUUUGAUGCUGGAUACCUGUAUGAGUGUGAAUUCCCGCCACCAUCUUCUGCUGAUGAGGAUUCAGGGGAGGCAAUUCGUGAGGUGGCACCAUUAAAGGCCAUUGCAGUACCCGACUCCAAUGAUGUGCCUAUCUGUACCAUCAAGUGGAGCAAAAAUGGCCAGCAGGCCAUGUUUGGUAUGGAGAAUGGUCAGAUUCGAAUCCAAAAUCUCAUUCACGCAUUUGACAUCUCGGAGCUGGGCCCAUCUUGGUGCCUUAGCAUGCAUGACAAUAACUAUGGUCAAAUCACUGGCCUCCUACAGUCCUACGACGGGUCCAUGCUUAUCUCCGUCGGCGCUGAUGGCAACUUCUUCCUUUUCUCUGUGAUGGGCCAGGAGCAGCUAGAUCAGAAGAUUGCAGAAAACAAGGCCAAACUGCCAUCAGCCAAGAAGCUUGAUGAGAGCAACCUUCCAGACGACAUAGAAGACCCUAAUGCAUACAGUAUAGAAGAGGCGAAACAGAAGGCUGAGCAUGACAAGAUGAUGAGAGACGCUGAGGAGAAGAAGAAAGAGGUGCGACGACACAUCACCAAGAUGAGAAGGAUGUUUAAACAGCUCCUAGAACAGAACGAGUCCCUGCCCACACACCUCCGGCUUCACAAGGAUGAGUUUGAGAUGGACAGAGAGAUCAAGAAGGAGUUAGAGAGACACAAGGCAGACAAAAUAGACGUUGUGCGACGUGAACUUGCCUGGGAGUCUGAGAAACAGAGGAUUGCACUCGAGAAACUCAGAAAAAGGUUCAAGGAUGUGGUGGAGUGUGAUCGCAUCGUUGUGAAGGCUUUCGAGACGCCUCACGAGGUGGCCAGUUUCCGUGCCUCGAAACUCUCUGAUGAUUUCUAUCAGCUCAAGGCUGACUUCGAACGACGGAAAACUCAGAUUAGGGAUGAUAUGACCCGGGACCCAACAAGGGACCUCAUAACUGGCGGGACUCGUAUAUCAGACGCUGCAGGUGUUGGUGGGGGUCAGGCAGACGACGGCACAGGUGCCAAGGUCAGCACGACCUUGAAGGGAAGCAUGGGUGAGCGGAUCACAAAGGCCCUGCAGAAAGUUGAGGAGAAGAAGAAGAAACGUGCUGAGAGAAAAGCUAUGUGGUCAGAGCUGUAUGCCACAAAGCCGGAUGACGACUACGAAGAUCCCGAGGACAUCUCUGGUAUCAAGGAGGCAAAGGACAACAUGGGUGACUACAAACUGAAGACUGCACACGACUAUGUGGUACCUGACCAUCUCCGCAUGAAUGUGGACAAGGCACGCGGAAGGCUGCUUGUGCUUAAAGAUUUGAUCCAUGAGAACAAGUAUGAGUUUAACCAGCGUCUGUUGGCGAUGCGGGACAAAAAGAUCCGAAUGAUCGAGGAGAUUCGAGACCUCACAUCCGAGCUGGAAGGUGUACACGCAAAACUCUCUGCUGACCUCAUGAAACCGGUACCCCCUGUACCGGAGAUGCAUCCAGACGAAAUGCCAGAAAAGAAGCUGGAAUACACCCGUGAAACGUUGAUAUCCUUCAAGAAGCAGCUUGCUGAUCAGUCGUCACAGGAAAAGAAAGGUGGUGGAGAGGGCGGUGGCUUUGGGGGAUUCGGAGGAUUUGGAGGGGGUGGUGCAGCUGAUAAGAAAGCGGAUGCAGGGCGAACAACCCCAACAUUGACUCAGAAGCAGUCUACUUCGGUCAGCACUGUUCGCGGUCAAGAUGAACCCGAUACGCCGGAUGAUGUAGAGGAAGAGUUGUCACCCUUAGAAAUUCAGCUGCGAGAGGCCGAGGUUGUUAGGUUAUCAUAUGAGCAGGACCGGCUGUUGAACAGAAUCCAUGAGAUCACUCAGAACUUUGACGCAGAGCUGAGACUACUGAGACAUGACAAGUUCAGGCUUGACAUUGUCAUGAAGAAUGCUGACCUCAGACAGGUGACACUUUUCGAGGAGUUGGUGCUACUGAAGGAAUAUGAGAAACGAGAGGACGUCCUGGCUGACAAGGUCACAGGCAAACAGCAGGAAAAACUCGACAUGCAGGCUAAGAUCGUAGAUGUGACGGGUAAGCUGGAGGGAAAGAAGAAGGAGAUUGAGCGUCUUCAGGAGAAAGAGAAAGCCCUGUUACUACAGUUCCAGGGCUCUCUCGGCGAGAAUAACAAGUUUACUGACUACCUUACCAAGGUCUUCAAGAAGAAGAUCAAGAGGUCUAAGAAGAAGACAACUGAGGGAGAUGAUGAUGAUGAAGACAGCGAUGAUGAUUCAGAGGAUGAUUCUGACUGGGACGAGGAUGAAGAUGAUGAAGAAAGUGAGGCUGGAGGUUACGAUCUUGACAUUUGCCCUUCAGGGUGUGACCAGACCCUGUAUGAGGCAACUUGUCAGCUGCGUGAGAAACGUCUGGAUAUUGAGGAAGCCCUCAUUGAGGAGAAGAAGACAAAUGACACUCUCAAGAAGGAACUGGAUGGCUAUGGAAAGAAGUCCAAGGUCAUUGACAACGGUCUCAAGACUGCACAACAGGACCUGGAGGCAUUCCAGCUUGAGAAGCAGCAGAAGUUGAAUGACCUUGAUGUGGUUGUGUCGCUGAAACUCCACCAGAUCCAGUAUAUGAUCAAUGGAAUCCUGCCCCAGGACCUCUCACAGACGCUUGUGUUUGAGUCAAAUGGGGUCACAAGACUUCAGCUCAGGAUCAAGGAGCUUGAGCAAGAAAAACACUCCACAAAGAAAUAUAUGAGAGAAUCUAAGAAGAAGCAUGUUCAGCUGAUCAAGGACCGGCGUACGUUCGAGGGGAAGAUUCAGGAGAUGGACGGCGAGUGCGAGGAGAUGAUGAUCAGCAAGUUUGGAUGUGUCGUUGACAUUGAGAAGCUCGAGACAGUCACGGUGAACCGGGCCAUCGAGGAGCUGAAGGAGAAACUUAGGAUGACAGAGAUACAGUGUUCGGAGGAGGUCAUGGAGUGGAAUGAGAAACUAGUAGAAAAGAAGGACAUGAUAACAGACCUGAUUCGGGAAAACACAAAACGUCUAAACCAGCUUUCCACACUUCUUAAUGCAAAACAUGGCUCAGAGGGGUCGCUCGACUCACGACAGAAAAACUUGGGCGAGGAGUAUUCCGGUGCGCGUAAAGCUGACAUCCGGGAGAAACAGAGGCUGAUCCAGCUGGUCCAACUGCAGGCCCAGGAGAUUGACGCGCUCAAAGAAGAGAUCAUGCUGCUGUCCCGCAAAGGGGGCCACAUUCUGCCCCCUGCCCAACCUCCCCUCCCCCAGUCCCCACACAUGCGAACGCUCAGCAACUAGAUGCACGGACAGUCAUAUGAAAUAAUCAUUAUAGGUCAUUGCUUAGAAAUAAACAUGUUGGUCAUUUAUCUUGACUGUUUAAAGUAAAAUAAAAAAAUUAUAUUAUAAAUUGUAUUGAUCACCUACUUAAGAUGGACAUUAACUUAUUUAUAUUGUGUUAGGCCAUGGCUAAAUAAUUGAGAUGUGGUAGAAUGACCGUUCAUCCAUUUACACCAUAUUGGGUUGAUCCAUGAUUUUUGUUGUUGUUAUGGGUGUUAAAGGAAAAGAAAAAGAUGAUAUAAUGUGUAUUUAUAAGUCUCAGAACCUGCAGGCGAAAAACUUUCAAAAGGAUAUCAUGCCGGAUAAUUUGUUCAUGAAAUUUAUUACAAAAAUAUAAUUUUAUGAUAAAAAUGUUCGAAGACACUUAAGGGA